UGUAGUGACACACAUCCUUCCAUCUAAACUUUCAGAUUUCGUUGUUUAAUUAAAAAUCUAUUGUUUCCUCAGCUGCAGUCGCCGCUUCUUUCUUUUUCUGCUGGUUCCCGUACUCCGUCUUACGACUAAUGAUGAUCAUACCACGACUGAGACAAGAUGACUAUUACAAAGUGUGGCAAGUGUUUGGAUAUUUGAGCUUAGUCAACAGCUAUUUGUCAACCGCCGUCAACCCUAUUCUUUACAGUCUCAUGUCUCGGAGAUUUCGACAGGCCUUUAAGAAUUUAUUCAGAAGACGAACACCUUUGGCGCUAAUGAGGAUGAGUCACAUAUCAAUGUUACAUAAAGUCGAUAGCAACAUUAGACUAAACAAUUUGCGGCCCAAAUAUAGUUUUUAAAGUCCGUUACUGACGACAGCUUUUACCUGCUUAUAUUCAAGUAUUUUUUAAUUCGUAAUUUAAUUAAUUAAAGUACUUGCUUAUGUUUUUAACUUAGCCUUGUGCCAAAUUUUUGUCAAUGAACUUUAUGGCGGAUUCAAAAACACGACACUUCCGCAAUGCCUUCCUUCGACCAUUAGAUUAUUAGCGCCUUAAUUUUUAGUACUAACUAGCUGUUCGCGUGCGGCUUCAUCCGCAAGAAACUAUAAAUUUAUUGUU